UCAGGUCUUCUGGCUGCCUCGGUCCCUCCUCUCUAGCCUCCCCUCCCACGGCACCUCCUCCCCAGCCUCGCCUCCCACGGCUCCUCCUCUCCAGCGGUCCCUCUUCCCCAGCCUCACCGCCCACGGCUCCUCCUCCCCAGCAGUCCCCUCUCCCCAGCCUCCCCUCUCUCUCCCUAGGCCCCUCCUCUCCAGCCUCCCCGCCCACGGCGCCUCCUCGAGGCUGCGGUCCCACCCCAGCCGCUGUCCUUAGGUCUCAUUGGCCCUUUAUCUCCCCAGUAACCAGGCCACAACAGUGAGCUUGGAGGAUCAAGGACAGGUCAGGCACUCCAGCAGGUGCCUCUCCAGCUUUGGCCAAGAUGCCUUUGGGACACUCUGCAGGGAGCACCCGCUCGGAGGAUGGAAGCGAGGCCUUCCUGGAAGGAAUGGUGGAUUGGGAGCUGAGCAGACUACAGCGGCAGUGCAAAGUGAUGGAGGGGGAGAGGCGGGCUUACAGCAAGGAAGUCCACCAGCGAAUCAACAAGCAACUUGAGGAGAUCCAGCGCCUGGAGGGGGUGCGGGAUAAACUCCAGGUGCAGAUCAGCGUCGCCCAGAGCCAGGUCAAGCGGCUGCGGGACAGCAAGAGGCUGGAGAACAUGGGCCAGCUGCUCAAGUGCCGGGUCCAGGUGCAGGCCGAGGUCAAGGAGCUGCAGGAGCAGACCAGAGCCCUGGACAAGCAGAUCCAGGAGUGGGAGACCCGGAUCUUUACCCAUAAUAAGGAUGUCAGGUCCCCGGGACUCAUCCUGGAUCAGAAAGUCAAGAUCCGGCGAAGGAUCAAGAUCCUAGAAGACCAGUUGGACAGGGUCACGUGUCGCUUUGACAACCAGCUGGUGCGCAACGCGGCCCUGCGGGAGGAGCUGGAUCUCCUGCGCAUUGAGAGGAACCGCUAUCUGAAUGUGGACCGCAAGCUGCAGAAGGAAGUUGAGCUUCUGCGAAACACAGUCAGCUCCCUGAUGGUCUCCUCAGCAGCCGCCUACACCGUCAGGAACCUAGGAACUUUGCUGCUUUUCGUGACCUCGGGGAAACUGCAACCUGAUUCUGCCCCAGCCCUGCGGGGCGCGCGCGGCCUUGGCUCAGGCCGCCCAGGCCCCUCUGCGCCCCUGGCCGCCGCGGACGCCGACCUCAGCGCCCCUCCUCCCCCAGCCCGGGAGGUGGCCGAGGGCCUCCGGAGGACCUCCCAGGAGAAGCUGGUGAUGCGCUGCGAGGACGCCAUGAACAAACUGUCCCAGCUGACUGGGGAGCGCGACCCGGACCUGCUGGUGGAGAAGUACCUGGAGAUGGAGGAGCGCAACUUCGCGGAGUUCACCUUCAUCAACGAGCAGAACUCGGAGCUGGAACAUCUGCAGGAGGAGAUCAAGGACAUGCAGGAGGCCUUGGCGAGCACGCGCACCAGCGAGGAUAACGUGCGCGCGCAGCAAGAGCAGCAGCGGAAGGACUUGCAGCAGCGCACGGACGAGGUGCACGCCGAGGCCGUCCGGGUGGAGGCCAGCUUCCGUGACCUCCGGCGGCAGCUGGAGGAGCUCAAGGCCGACAUCCGGAAGCUCUUCACCAGGGCCCAGUGUGACAACACCAUCAUCAAGGACCUCCUGGGGGUCAAGACCCGCAUGCGAGACCGGGACAUCGGCCUCUUCCUGGGCCUCAUCGAGAAGCGGCUGGUCGAGCUUCUGUCUGUGCAGGCCUACCUAGAUUUUCAGAACUAUAGCUCCUCCAGCUUGGGUAACGCUGCCCUCCUGGUUCUGGGCCAGAGCCCUGAGGACCUUCUGAAGAAGGUGGCCCUGCCUCAGCUCCCGGACAACCAAGAGGACACCCCAGGCUUUGAGGCCAAAGACGACUCUCCAAUGAGCGAGGAAGAGCUGCGGAGCCAAGUGAAAAAACUGCUGGAGGCGCGGGAGCAGGCGCGGGAGCAGCAGGUGAGGGAGCUGGCUGAGGCUGUGAGGAAGGUCGAUAGCACCCCGAGCAUACCCAGCCUUUCCAGUACCCAGAGGGCCGCCUCAGGCUCACCCGCAGUGGUCGCCAAGAGCCCCAGCAUCAUCCCUGGGUCCAUCCUGAGCCAGAGGACGAGUGGCAUCCUGACAUCCAGUGCAGGCCGUGCCACCGGCUCCAACGUCGGCCGUGUCACCUUUGGUGACCCCAGCUCCAGCGCAGGCCACGUGACCUUCGGUUCCACCAGCGCCAUGGGAGCACCACUCUCCAGCCGGGGCUCCACGGGGGGCCGUGUGACCUUCAGGACCCCCAGCUCUAGUAGCUACCUGGGGUCCACCAGAUACGUAGGGUCCAGCGGUGCCCAGGAAAGCCGCACAGGUGCGGAGAGCAGAGGCACGGGCUCAGAGUCGAGUGGAGGCCUUGGGUCCAGCAGAGGCCAAGUCUCGAGCCCUGGCCCCACCUCCAGCACCGACCCGGGCUCCAUCACCAGCAAAGACUAGGGCGCCCAGCCUCCCCGUGGCUCCUUGCUAGCCUUCUCGGCAUCUCUGCCUCAAUUUCCCCACAUAAGUCUGCACCCGCCCUGCAUCUGCCCUGCACCGUGACCGUCUGUUUCCAUCCACUCCUCACCAUGUCCUCAGCUCUGUCUCCUGCUCCCUUUCUGUUCCAAACCCUCCUUUCCCUUCCUGUCUUCUAAUUUCCUCUUCUCCCAGCUUUCCAUUUAGCAUGUCUCUGUCCUGGAUUCACAUCUCUCUCCCCCGCUCUGCCCUAAUUUUUCCGGUUGUCCCCCCGCCGCACUACAUCCUGUUUCACCUUCCGCACCUCUAAUCCCCUCUCCUGUGUCCAUCUUCCAGGCUCUCCUUGUACCUCACGUCCCUUUCUCUGUAGCUCCUCCUUCCUCGCCCUCCCCAGGAGCUCCCAGUACUGAGCAGUGGGGGAAGAGUUGGAGCAAUGAUGUCAGGGUCGGCCUGAACUGUGACCAUAGGAAUUAAAGGUCAGAGCCUGACUGUUACCCCAGCCUGGUUGCAAGUGUAUAUGUGAGAGCAAGCUUGAGAUGUGGCUGUUUCCUCUACCUCCAGCCCGGAA